GUUUGGUUUGUCAUCUAACUGUCUGUCCUUUAGUUAUACAAAACGUACCACUGCGGUAAGUCAAGUCUAUCAAGCGAGUUGUAUAUUUCCUCAAUAAUUGAUAUGACAAUAACCUUCUAACUGAUUUAAUUUGGGAAUCUGUAUCGUAGCUCGUUUCGUCAGUGGAGAGGAAUUAGGAAUGACAAAAAAGAACGAAACCGCCGUCUUUUCAGUGACUGUCCCAAACACCAUCUACGGCCUAGUAGCUACUCGCUAGCUAGCUAGCUGAUUUGACAUUUGACUGGCUAGUUGUGGAAAACUUUUCUGAUGAUCCAACUGUCCACUGCUGGUAAGUAAGUGUCCACAGGAGUCCACAACAUUACAAUGACAUCUCAAGAUGGAGAGGGAGCUGGAGGAUUUAGUAUCCUUCAGUAGACGUGUAUUUAGAGCUAUGGACCUUAACUCGACAUGCACCCUGACCUGUCGCCCCACCUGCACACAGAUGAGUGCAAUGAGCUUAUAAACAGCCUGCGGCGGUGCCACACAGAGCAUAAUUUCUUGAAGUUCUUCGGAACAUGCAAUGACAUCGAUCGCGCCAUGCGUCACUGCCUGCACAAUGAGAGGCUGGAAAAGCGGGAGCGCAACAAACAGCAUGCACAAGCCAUGAGAAAGAGGCUGAAAGAAGCAUCUACGGAGCAGAUCUCAUAGACCUUUAAUACAAACCUUCAUUCAGGAGUGCUGCCUUGCUGAAAUACCCAAAUGGGACACUGAACUAAGCACGCCUCACUAUUUUGACGAUUCAACAAUAGAGAACCUUGGUCACUCUGUUGCAGAGGUUAGCUUUAACACAAUACUGUAAACAUUAGGUAUAUUACCUUAUUUAAUGGUAAUAGUUGAGAGAAACACAGCCAAAGCCAAAGUGUGCUACGUAGAACGGUUUACUCUGACAUUAACAAACAAUCAGAAGAUUUGGUGUCAUCUGUACACAUUCAAAUAGCCUCUUGGUUUGGGGCUACUAAAUCUACGAGUGGUCAUUAUACACUCACGGGACACAUAAUGAGGUAUACGGUACCUGCACAGCUGAAUGAGGUGCAAUACAGUAGCUGUAUCUAAAUUUCCACCUAUACAAAGAUCUUUUUUUUUUGAAUGACACAAUAUUAUUGUGGUUGUAGUUUGCAGUGGAAUUGAAAUAGUGGAUGCAUUUCAAACAAGGAUCUAAUUCACGUUGAGAAAAAGCAGGACUCUCAAUGAAUGAAUGGAUGGGUGUCACACAGAUUUCUUUAAUUCCUGUCAAAUAAAGUGUGUUAUAUUAAAAGAACUUUGUGUAAUGUCAUCAACAUAAGCUUUAUAAAUACUUUCCUCACUGAUAUAUUAGACUAAACUAUAACUGCAACAGCUAAAAUGGAGCAUAAACAAUAAAUAGGGGGUGAAAGCCAUACCUGCACAAUGUAAAGAUCCAAUGCAAGAGCUGUAUAAUACGCAUUUCUGAUUGAGACAUGCAUUCAUUUAACAAUGUGUGUAUUAUUGUGGUUUUGGUUUGGGAACUGUUCUUCCAAAAAAAAUACCUGCUCAUUACCUUCACUAUACAGACAUAAUGCAAAGCAUGGAUACCUACACUCCGCAUAUUUUAGGAGCAUUGUUUAUAUUCAUAGACAUUUUGUAAGAUCCAGACACUUGCAACAGUGUAUUCCAGUGCUAGGAUGUGCCUCCAGCAAUUAUAUUGACCCAACAGUGAUAAGACACACUCUAAACACAACUGACAGCCUAUAUCCGUGGGGUACUGCUUCCAAUAGAAACUUCAGGCUCCCAUCAUGUUGAUUGAGGAAAGUGAGAUGGUGUCUACUCUAACAAAAACGGUACAUGCAGAUACUAGACACACCGUUUUAGUAUCUGCAAGCUUAUGUAUUCAUUUCAGCGGAAUACAGCCCUAUACCACCGCAAACCCAUAUAAUAACAAAAAAAGAACAAUAUGAAAAUACUGAGCCUUACUAUCUUUGUAAAGGCAGCGUGUAGUUUGUGCGAGUGUACCAUUUGUUGUGGUCGGUGUGUAUAUUUCAGUUGUGCUGCAACAGAAUUAGGAAAAUGUCACCUUGUGUGAAAACAAAACGUUGCACACUUGAAGCGGCAAACCAGAUGGAAAGAGAAUAGUUGGGCGGUUGCUGAACACUUAAAAAUUUGAUAUUUUGUUUUUUCCCAUCCGUCCAUCCAUUUUCUAUGUCGCUUCUCCUCAUUGGGGUCGCGGGGGUAUGCUGGAACCUAUCCCAGCUGACUUCGGGCGACAGGCGCAGGGCACAUAUAGACAAACAACCAUUCACACUCAUACCUAUGGACAAUUUAGAGUCGCCCAUUUAAUUCAUUUAUUUUUUUACAUAAGUCAAAAGAAAUGUGCUGAUAACAGGGUUUUCAUGGGACAGAAGAAAAACUUUACAUUAGCUUUCAUUAGAUCAAGUGUGCUGUUUUGGGCGGAAUUUUAUUUCUUCAAGUCAGUCAUCUGAAAUGGCUAUAAAAUAUAUAAGAGAAAAUAAAUUAUUUAUUCGAAACAUCCAUAUAAUAUAUGAUUUAACAUGCUUUUAACUUAGAAAUGUCCUUAGUCACAAAGGCAAACAUUAUUAGAAGUAACAUUUGCUUUAGGAAAUUAGUCACAUCUGUAACGAACACUUAAAACCCUGACUGCACUGCUAAUAUCCGGUAUAAACUAUGCCUUUUUCUAAAUCAUUGUCUUCAAUAAUGUUCGUCUGGCCUGGUGAAUAAAGGGUUACUUUGAGUUAGGAGCAAAGGAAAGUGGAAAAACCCUUUCCUCCAAUAAAUACAAAAAUAAAUAUACAACCAACAUCUUUAAAUGCUACUUACAAUGCAGGUACAAAACAUACCCAGAAAUAACAGGCCACACUUUCAUAUUAUGUACAUGCAACACAUUACACCUGUGCGCCAGUCUACAUGAUCUAGAUCUACACUGCAUGUGAACAAUUGCAAAAAUCAAGUGAUUUUUUUUCUCCAAAAUAGCUUUCACAUCCUGUAUCUCCUUUAUCUAUAGAUAUAUAUUUUUGGUAAAACAAAAUAGAAGUUUCCUUCAAAUGAACACGUGCUGACAGGGAUCACUGACAAUUACGGUAACCACUGUUUGUUGCCAAUCAGUGCACUACAAGUCCAUCAUGAUUGUACAUACAUUUUACACAAAAAUCAUUAUUUGAAAGUGGAAUCGUGCAUACACGUUUCCUCUGCAAAGGCUGAAUGGAGGAACUUGUUUGUUGAAGACGUUUCACCUUAAAAGGGCUUCUUCAGCCCUGCAUUUUUACGUGUGGAGUCUUCCUAUUUACGUCUCUGGUGGGUGUGUCCUCCUGGGGUGGUUACUAUAGGGUUGCUGUUGUAGGUCGUUCGUUAUCUGGUGGUAAACGUCACCUGUUGUCUCCUGACAACAAUGUCCUGACAUCUCUCCCCCACAGAUUGUCUCAUUCCACAGGAAGAGUGGAAUGUGAAGCUCACAGCUCAUUAGUCGGAGUCCAGUUGCCUCAAUUCAACCUUUGCGCGCUAACAUUACCUGGAUGACUGACAAUCUACACAGAAAUAUUACAUGUUUCUCACACAUAGAUGGGACGGAAUCCACUGCAAAAUUCUUCCACAUGCAUGACGCACGUUUUCACAUGACACUUCCAGUGUUUAUCAUUCAUCAUUUUGAUCAAUAAAUGUACACACAAAAUGUAAAAGCAAGUAGAAAUCAACUUAAAUUGCCACAUCUGGUUUGCUGAAAGUGAAAAUUGCGUAAAACGGAAUAGUGGUUGAUGAUGUUCGAUAUGGCUGAAGUCAAUAUGGACAAAAGUAAAGGGACAGAUUUCUAUUACGACUCCCUUUGCAGCUUUAAUAGCUUCCACUCUUCUGGCAGGACUUUCUUUAAGAUGUUGGAGUGUUUUUUGUUGUUUUUUUUUGUCAAGAGAGCUUGCUGGCUCACCAACGCUGUUCUCGUUCAUCCCAAAGGUGUUUCAUUAAUUAAAGUGCCACUCCAAGCAUGAAAUUAUGGACCUUGUUUUGUGAAUUGGGAACAAUAAAAUGCUUUCCCCAACCUGUUCUCACAAAGUUGGAAGGAAAGUUGCUCAAAAUGCCUCGACAGAAAAUAUGAUUCAGGAAGAACUAAGGGGCCAAAAGAAUUCAUUAAGUGCAGUGUCCCUCACUUUUGUCCACACAGAAUAGUCGCUGGUCAUGAAAAGUAAGUUGAUAAUAUUGAAGAUGUUACUGAAAAAAAGAGGUAGGUUUACUACUAUUUCUACGACUACUUCCUCAAAUGACUGAACAGCGACAAUGUGCCGUAUUGAGCUGAAUAUAAGGGGAAAAGUCGGAAAAAGACUCGUCAAUUUACAUUUGGGAUGUAGAAUUUAUAUAUGUGGAAAAGACGCCAACUGGUGCUGCUGCACAAGAUGUACGUUGGUAAACCUCACUCCCUGACACCUUAAGAGUUGCACUGAACAUCGAGUUGACAGUUCAGGCUUUUAGCUUGCUGGCUAGCCCUCUCGACUCUCAUUCUACAGACCCUGGUUUGAGCCUGGGCGGAAAGCAGGGGUGGCUGAACCAGGUGAGUUACGUCACCCUAUUAAAACAAGGUCCUAAGUCAUAUUUUCAAGUUUUUGGGAAAACCGACUCAGAGUUCUCAGAGAAGGGGAGGCUUUUUUGCCUGGUCUGAUACUUGAGAAGUAAGAUCCAUUGGGUUUCAUGAUUUCAUCAUGUUUGACCAAUCAAUCAAUCAAAAAUAUUGACUUAGGCAAAUAAGAAAAUGGCCUAAGUCCCCCUCUUGACACAGGCCAUUGUCCUACUGUACAGGGCAUAAAGGGCAUGAUCCUUUUAACUAAGGAUUUAGGUCAUUUUACAAGAGAUGGCCAGCAUAUUAAGAGGUGAUUCAGGCCAAAAACAAAUUUUCGUCAAAAAAUGACUUACUGUAGGUCUUUAUUUGAACAGGGUGACGAUAUGCAAACAAACAGGCAAAGCCCACUGACUUUUCCUCAAGCAAUCUCAAAGGUUGGGCAAGGUAUUAAACAACAGAGGAGGAGUUAUGAUGCAAAUUUUAAAUCAGAGUGAACAUCUGUCAAGCAGCUAAGAAAUAUGAUAUUCUUUGUUAUUGCAAUCUACCACCACGAGUUAUCUCACAGAUAUUGAAAAUAUAAUUUAAAAACAUUUAUUUUGCCUUUUUUUUUUGGUCUUAAAAAUCAUUUUGCAAAAACAGGUGUUGAAAAAGAGGGGUCAUCUUAUAUUCAGGUCAAUACGGAAAUUGUAUAAAGCAGGGGUAGGGAACCUAUGGCUGGGGAGCCAGAUGUGGCAAUUUUGAUGACUGCAUCUGGCUCUCAGACAUUUAAUAAAACCGUAAAAUGGAUUUAUUUCAAAUGUUUAUGCUGACAUUUUAAAGUAAAACAUUACAGAACUCACAGUGUUAAAAUAAUGUUCAAAAUAUAAAACUUUCUUAUGCAUUUUAAUCCAGCCAUCCAUUUUCUAGCGCAAUGCAGGUGGCCAGAGCCAAUGCCAGGUGUCCCUCCCAUAUUUUCCGGGUCAGACACCAAAACUUGAUUAUUAUUGGGUAGCGCGGUAGCCUGUUUAUUUAUUAUUGGUUAGCUUCAGUAUAACAACGUUAUUAAAAAGAAUAAAUUCAGAGACUUAUUAUUCUUGCUUAAAAAUACACACAUUUGGUUGUAUUCGGUGUUGAAAAAUGUGAUAUGGCUCUCACAGAAAUACAUUUUAAAAUAUGUGGCUUUCAUGGCUCCCUUAGCCAAAAAGGUUCCCGACCCCUGGUAUAA